GUUAUGAUGAGCCAAUAAGGAGCUCCAACACGUGAAAGAAAGAGGAGUGGCAGUAGCAAAUUAUGGUGACCCCCAGCUAACCUACUCAUCUAAAUACUAACGGAAUCUAUAUUCAAAGAAAAGAAUACUACUGGCAAAUUGCUUGCCAUUUGUAUAACAUAAAGAAAAAGAAAUUUAUUAGGCCAUUAAUUCCAAUCCAUGGCUUCCUCUGCUCGAACCGUUGAGGAAAUCUUCAAAGAUUACACUGCUCGAAGAACCGCCAUCCUUCGUGCUUUAACUUUGGAUGUAGAUCACUUUUAUGGACUCUGUGAUCCAGAUAGAGAGAAUUUAUGCCUUUAUGGGCAUCCGAAUGAAAGCUGGGAAGUUAGUCUGCCAGCAGAGGAAGUUCCAGCAGAGCUUCCUGAGCCCGCGCUUGGUAUCAAUUUCGCUAGAGAUGGAAUGAACCGUAAAGAUUGGUUGUCCUUGGUUGCUGUCCAUAGUGAUUCCUGGUUGAUUUCCCUCGCUUUCUAUCUUGCUGCUCGUCUUAACCGUAAUGAAAGGAAACAUCUAUUUACUAUGAUGAACGAUCUGCCUACAGUCUUUGAGGUUGUAACUGAAAGGAAGCCUGUUAAAGAUAAACCAAGUAUAGAGAGUGAGAGCAAAUCUCAGGGCAGCACUAAGAGAUCGAGUGAUGGACAAGUGAAAAGCAAUCCUAAGAUUGCUGAUGCUGAUUACGAGGACAAUGAAGAUGAACACGUUGAAACACUAUGCGGUAGCUGCGGUGGAAAUUACAAUGCGGAUGAGUUUUGGAUUGGGUGUGAUGUUUGUGAGAGGUGGUUCCAUGGAAAAUGUGUUAAAAUAACACCAGCUAAAGCUGAGAGCAUUAAGCAGUAUAAAUGCCCAUCUUGCAGCAUGAGGAGCGGCAGGCACUGAUAGUCGGAAAUGGUAAUAAUAGGACAUUAUCCAUCUCAAUGGCUGACAAAGUAGCAUAGCAAAUAGUCGUGUUAGGUAACUAAUGAAGUUUAUAUCAUCAAAAUGUAAGUUUAUGAUAGAUGAUUUGAAGUCCAUGGAAGUUCUACUUCCUUAAUGAUACCUUUAUUUGCAUUCAACUCAUAUUAGAAUUUGUUAAUUUAUAGCAA